AUGGACGUAUCGAAUUUGCUGGAGCAGCUCGUCGUCUCCCAUGACGAUUCCUACGAAGGCAUUCACUCCAGCCCAGAACCUCCUUUACUAGCAGAUCAUGAAAGCACCUCCAUCCAUUCCCUCCCCGUCGAGCUCCUCGAAAUCAUAUUCACAAUGACCCACCGGGCCUGGCUCCUCUCCACCAUCCAUCCCCAACUCCUCACCAUCAACCCCACCUUACCGAGGAACAGCAUCUGGGACACCCUAAUGAGGCAGUUCUCCCUCUUCCCGCACGUACCCGCGUCGGUAUGUCGGCUCUGGCGGGAGAUCAUCACAUCCACACCCCAUUUCUGGACACGCCCAGUCAUUCUGGUUGACUCCCCUGCGUCGUUGACGGCGCAGCUAACCCUGUUCCUCAAACGAUCCCGGCACCUCCCCAUCGUCGUAGCCAUCGUGCGGAGGUCCUAUGAUGGGGGGUACGACCCGAACGAACGGUGGCGCGUAGCGGCAGUCAUGAAUGUCCUAGCACGCAACCUCCACCAUUUCCAAGAUAUCUACUUCCACGUUACCCAAAGCUCCUCGCUCCCACCUAUGUCUACCUUCUUUCAAAGCACGGCACCUCACCUCGUCAGCAUAGCAAUGCACUGCGAUAUGGACGAUGGGCUGAACGUGUGUGUUCCCCCACCUAUCCCUAUCCCUUCGCGGCCCGACCUCUCCUCUCCCCCUUUGUUUUCCCUCAAAUUGGAUGGCCCGAAUUUUAUGACGAUGUGUCGGAACCCGUCCGUAUGGAUCGGGAAGUUUUCAUUCCUCAAAUCACUCACAAUUGAACGUCUUGCUUUCAUUGGAGACGAGUUGAUAUCGCUGGAAUGUGCUUUUAUAGCCAUCGCGUGUCUGCCUUUACUUUCUUCCCUCGUCCUUCGGGACGUCACUUUCCUCCUCACUUGGCCGGCUACCAGGAUUCCGGGUGCUCAGCGCCUCAAAUUGGGGGUGUCGGAGGUACACCUUGAAGAUCUAGAAGAUGACGUGAUCAAAGGGAUCCACUCCAUAGCACACCUCUCCCCAACCCACCUCACGCUCAAAAACGUCUCUAUAAACGAGUUUCCGGAGGUUCCGUGUACGACGUUCCUUGAACUCGCAGACCUCCGGGACGAUCAGGACCUCGAAGACUUUUUAACCUUUUGGGACGGGGAGGUCCUCUCCUUAAGGGGUUGUCCGUCGUUCGACGAUAAUCUUUUAGGACUUUUCGAAGCGGAGAUAGUGCCGCCGUAUCAUAUCGCUCCCAGCCUACGUGCUCUGCAUAUCGAGGAUUGUGAGAACUUUACGGGAAAGGCGUUGAGGAAAAUGGUGGAAAGGAGGAGGGACUUUGCGAUGCGUGAGGAGAAUAGGGGUUUGGGGUUUGUGUGUAUAGAGGAUGUGUAUGUGUGUGGGGUUGGGCCUACGGUGUUGGAGGAGGAGGAUGAGAGAUGGUUGAGGGGGAAUGUGAGGAAUUUUCAUUGGGGGCUGGAGGAGGGGAAUGAUGUUCCUAGGAUUACUAUGGUGUAUGAUGACUAG